CGUAAUACCUGCUGACGAGGUCCUUCGUCUGUACUGAAGGUUUUUUUAACUACAAACAAACCUAAUGCUUACAUGAAUUGAAGAGCCUUGAUGGAUCAAGGAUGGCGUUACGCUGAGGAAAACAGAAUCUAAGCUCCUAUCAGAUCUGUAUUGCCUGCGCAGCGUAAGAAGUCAGUAUGGAUGAAAAAGAGGUGUGUUCUUUCAGCAACAAAGAGAAAGAGAGUGGCGACAGGCGCCCCGCCUCGUCCAGGGAGAAGGGAAAGGAAGACCCCAAGGUCAGUGGUAAGAAAGAGAAUGCCAAAACUGUAGAGGAGAAGAAGAGAAGGCUGGAAGAGGAGAAGCGCAAGAAGGAGGAGAAGGAGCGCAAGAAGAAAGAGGAGGAGAAGCUGAAAGCUGAAGAGGAGCAGCGCAAGAGGGAGGAGGAGGAGAAAAAACAGCAGGAGGAAGAGGAGAAGAGGAUGCAGGAGGAAGAGGAGAAGAGGCAGCGGGAAGAAGAGGCAGCUCGGUUGAAAGAAAAAGAGGAAGCGCAUCAGCUUCACCAGGAAGCGUGGGAACGGCACCAAGCAAGGAAAGACCUGCGAAGUAAAAACCAGAAUGCCCAGGAGGGCAGACCAGAGGAGACGUUCUUUAGCAGGCUUGAUUCCAGUCUCAAGAAGAACACCGCCUUUGUGAAGAAGCUGAAAACGAUCACGGAGCAGCAGAGAGAUUCUCUCUCGAAUGAUUUCAAUAGCCUCAAUCUGAGUAAAUACAUUGCCGAAGCCGUGGGCUCCAUUGUGGAGGCCAAGCUGAAGAUAUCUGAUGUUAACUGUGCUGUGCAUUUGUGUUCUCUCUUCCAUCAGCGAUAUGCUGACUUUGCCCCAUUACUACUCCAAGCCUGGAAAAAGCAUUUUGAGGCAAGAAAGGAAGAAAAAACACCAAAUGUAAGCAAGCUUAGAACAGAUCUGCGGUUUAUUGCUGAGCUCACAAUUGUUGGGAUUUUUACUGAUAAAGAGGGUCUGUCCCUGAUCUAUGAGCAGCUAAAAACUAUCAUCAACAUAGACCGCGAAACACACAUGCAUGUUUCAGUGGUUAUCAGUUUUUGCAAGCAUUGUGGGGAUGAUAUUGCUGGUCUAGUGCCUAGGAAGAUGAAGAUGGCAUCUGAGAAGUUUAACCUCAGUUUCCCUCCAAGUGAGAUAAUUAAUACAGAAAAGCAGCAGCCCUUCCAGAACCUCCUGCGGGAGUAUUUCACAUCGCUGACUAAACACCUUAAGAAGGAUCACAGAGAGCUGCAGAACAUUGAGAGACAAAACAGGCGUAUUCUACAUUCCAAGGGGGAGCUGAGUGAAGAUCGACACAAACAAUAUGAAGAGUUUGCCACUUCUUACCAAAAGCUGCUUGCUAACACUCAGUCCUUAGCAGAUCUCCUAGAUGAAAACAUGCCAGAGCUGCCUCAAGAUAAAACAGUGCAAGAAGAACAUGGACCUGGAAUAGACAUCUUUACUCCUGGCAAACCUGGAGAUUAUGACCUGGAGGGAGGAAUCUGGGAGGAUGAGGAUGCAAGGAAUUUUUAUGAAAACAUGGUGGACCUGAAAGCCUUUGUGCCAGCUAUAUUGUUCAAAGACAAUGAGAAGAGCUCUCAGAGCAAAGACAAAGAGGAUGUAAAAGAUUUUAAGGAUGGGAAGGAUAAGGAAGUUCAGAGCACUGAGGAGUUGGAACUAGAGUUGGAAACCUUAGAUAUCAAUGAUGACGCUCUCGAGCUGGAAGGAGGGGAUGAGGCAGACACAGAUGACCUCGCUAAGAAGCUACUGGAUGAACAAGGAAGAGGUCAGGAAAGAGAGGGAGCCUCUUUUUCUGGAGAGCAAGAAGACGAGGAAGCCAGCACUGGGUCCCACCUGAAGCUGAUUGUGGAUGCCUUUCUUCAGCAGCUGCCUAACUGUGUGAAUAGAGACUUAAUAGACAAGGCCGCGAUGGAUUUCUGUAUGAAUAUGAACACCAAAUCUAAUAGGAAAAAACUUGUCCGAGCUCUCUUCACAGUUCCUAGGCAACGGUUGGACUUGUUGCCAUUUUAUGCUCGUCUAGUUGCUACACUGCAUCCUUGCAUGUCUGACGUGGCAGAGGACCUGUGUUCAAUGUUGAAGGGAGAUUUCAGGUUUCAUAUAAGGAAGAAGGAUCAGAUCAACAUAGAAACAAAAAAUAAAACUGUGAGGUUUAUUGGUGAACUAACCAAGUUCAAGAUGUUUUCUAAAACUGACACACUUCAUUGUUUAAAGAUGCUAUUGUCUGACUUUUCUCAUCACCACAUUGAGAUGGCAUGCACCCUUCUAGAGACCUGCGGCAGGUUUCUCUUCAGGUCUCCAGAAUCACACUUAAGAGCUAGUGUUCUUCUGGAACAAAUGAUGCGGAAGAAACAGGCAAUGCACUUAGAUGCCCGCUACGUUACAAUGGUAGAAAAUGCUUAUUAUUACUGUAACCCACCACCUGUUGAGAAAACCGUUCGGAAGAAGCGACCUCCACUUCAAGAAUACAUCCGGAAACUCCUUUACAAGGACCUUUCCAAAGUCACUACUGAAAAGGUUUUGCGACAGAUGAGAAAAUUGCCCUGGCAGGACCCAGAGAUAAAAAACUAUUUGAUUUGUUGUAUGGUGAAUAUCUGGAAUGUGAAGUACAAUAGUAUCCACUGUGUGGCAAAUCUGCUAGCAGGGUUGGUGGCUUAUCAGGAGGAUGUGGGCAUCCACGUGGUAGAUGGGGUCUUAGAGGACAUCAGGCUGGGAAUGGAGGUUAACCAGCCUAAAUUCAAUCAAAGGCGUAUCAGCAGUGCUAAGUUUUUGGGAGAAUUAUACAACUAUAGAAUGGUGGAGUCAGCAGUUAUCUUUCGGACUCUGUAUUCCUUUAUUUCGUUCGGUGUAAACCCCGAUGGCAGUCCAAGCCCACUGGACCCGCCAGAGCACCUGUUCCGCAUCCGACUGGUUUGCACUGUGCUGGACACCUGCGGACAGUACUUUGACAGAGGCUCCAGCAAAAGGAAACUUGACUGCUUUCUCAUUUACUUCCAGCGUUAUAUCUGGUGGAAAAAGAGCCUGGACGUGUGGACUAAAGACCACCCCUUUCCUAUUGAUAUUGACUACAUGAUCAGUGACACGUUAGAGCUCCUACGUCCCAAGAUGAAACUCUGCUGCUCACUGGAGGAGGCUAUGAGGCAGGUCGCAGAGCUUGAGCGAGAGUUCCUGGUAAAGCUUGGUCUGGCCAAUGAUAAGGAUUCCAAAGGCUCAAGUAGCAUGGAAGAAGGAGAGGCUCUGGAGGAUGAGGAAGAUGAUGAUGAUGAGGAAGGUGGGGCUGAAACUGAGGAGCAGUCUGGAAAUGAGAGUGAAUUGAAUGAGCCAGAGGAGGAGGAGGUCUCAGAGAACGAGGAAGAAGACAGAGAGGAAGAGGAGGAGGAGAAUACUGACUACUUGACAGACUCCAAUAAAGAGAAUGAAACCGAUGAAGAAAACACAGAGGUGACUAUAAUGGGUGGAGGUCUUAAACAUGUUGCCUGUGCAGAGGAUGAGGAAUUUAUUCAGGCUCUGGAUAAAAUGAUGCUGGAGAAUCUUCAGCAGCGGAGUGGAGAAUCAGUCAAAGUGCAUCAGCUGGAUGUAGCUAUUCCCCUGCAGCUGAAGAGCCAGCUGAAGAAGGGCCCUCCUCCAGUAGUAGGUGGGGAAGGAGAUACCGAGAUGGUUGAUACAAUGCAGUUUGUCAUGUUAACCAGGAAGGGGAACAAGCAGCAGUUCAAGAUCCUUAAUGUCCCGCUUUCAUCACAUCUUGCUGCCAACCACUUCAACCAGCAGCAGGCAGAGCAAGAGGAGAGGAUGCGUAUGAAGAAGCUGACCCUGGACAUCAACGAGCGCCAAGAGCAGGAGGACUAUCAGGAGAUGCUGCAGUCCCUGGCUCAGCGCCCAGCCCCUGCCAACACGAACCGAGAAAGACGGCCACGCUACCAGCACCCUAAAGGAGCACCCAAUGCUGAUCUCAUCUUUAAGACAGGAGGGAGGAGACGUUGAUAAAGGCAGGGGAAAGGCGGUUUGAUUUGCCCACCCCGUCUCCAAUACUGUGGGUAAAGGAGUCCUCAGUCACUUGAACAGGAAGAGCAGAGACAUCGAGAUCAGCACAGGGCAAACUCUUGUCCCAAACGGAGAACGUGGGCAGACAUGCAUGCCAGAACACCAGCAGCAUAAAGUGGCAUCCAAAAUGUUUUGAUGCGCCCAAAGCAACAGCACUAUUGGGUGGUAGUCUUCAUCACGCGAUUGAGCGCAUUUGGGAGAUGGCCACAUCGUACCUGAGUGGCUGCAAAGGAGAUUAAAGAGACACAGUUUCAAGAGGGGUAACUCCUGGAGUCAAAAAAAAAUAUUUAGACUUAACUCUGGUCUGUUGCUUUUUCCUAAAUAUUUUUAAAUCACAAUCUUGAGCUUGAUGUUCCUUAAAAAAAAAGAUGAAGCACGUGGGGCACAGGACGUGGUAGAGAGGUAAUCAGCAUCUGAUGGACUGAAUUAAUUUGUUGAACACAUGGACAAGAAAGCAAAAUGGUGUGUUUGGGGAUAGGGUUUUGCUUAGGAAAAGAAAAAAAUGUGAAAAGAAAUUAACACGGCUAGAGCUUCAGAUUGCAAACGUGGAACAAAAAUCCUUGAUGAAUUUGCAAAAUAGCUUCUCCUAUCUGCCACUGGACUUGUGCUUCAAAUGAGCAGUGCAAUAGUGUGAUGGCUGUUUUAUGAAAGAGAGCUUAAAAUUUGCAUGGUCAAUGUGGAGAGCUUUUACUGACCAGCCUUUUGUCAGGAGAACUGAAAAGAAAUUAUUUUUUCAUUUUUUUUAUUACUGAAAGUUCUACUGUUUUUUUUUUCCAAGUUGUGAAAUGUUUGCCAUUGCAUUAGUUGAUUAGUAUGGAUAUGAUUUGCUGUGCUAUAGUCCAUUUAAAAUAAAGAAUUGCAAAUUCAGUAAAUGAUACGUCUUCAAACCUCUAAAAUCUCAGUUUUUUUCUUCUGUUUUACAGUCUGCUUAACUGUCUUAUUCAAGAACUGCAUGACCAUUUUCACCAGCUGUAAAGACACAUCUUGUUGAUACUGCAGUAAACAACGAUAUGAACUCUUUUUGUCUUCUUAAUACAUAAUAAAAUGUGCUUUUAACUAAAUAGUAUUGUCAGCAUAUUUCAGAAUUAUUUAUUUUUGAGUAAUUUUGUUUUCUGUUUUUUCAAAAUAAGAAUUUCUUGUAGUUCAAUCACUUGGAUUUAGUUCUGUGUUGAGUAUAAUCCCAUCUGUUUCUUGAGGAGGUAUAUUUUUCUUUCCUGGGUGUGUCUGCUUUGCUACAUAUAAUUAUAGACCCAAAAGAGUCCAUUUCCUUUCUUCCUGCCACCCUUGUUCUUGAAUGCACUGUUAGGAGUUCCAGAGAAAAAGACUCGUCUAAUGCUAAUAUACACAGGGUAUAAAAAAAUUAAAUUGAAUUUUUAAAUGCUCCCUUUGCUCCAGCAAAUUUUAAGUAGAAGUUAAACAGAACUUUUCUGUUAAAAUGACAUUUAUUAAAGGAAAUUGCAAAAUAAGUGUUAUGCACAGUGAAUUGAAUAGGCAUGUGUGUAUAGAAUCAUUCAUUUUUGGGGAGUAGUCGGUAUUUAAUAUCUAAACCUUUCUUCACAUUCCUGGAAAGGAAGAAAACACUUAAAUGUUAAUGGAUAUGGGAUAUCAUUUUUUAUUUAAAACCUGUUUACAUACUUAAGAGUUUUUAGUUACUGUAUGUUGUUUGCAGACUAAAAACCAUCUAAAAUGCAAUACACUGUGUGACUGGAAGCUGGCGUUACCCGCAUGAAAAGAUGCAUUUAGUUAGCAGAUGAAUGGGAGAAGAGGCAUUCAUAAAAAUAUUUGUGAGGUUGCCCAACCUUUUCCUGUCUGUCCACUUGUGCGUGAUGCCUAAAUGUGAUGACUUAAAUGGAGUAUUUUGUGAGUAAAUGUGUCAGUAUUGCAUAAUAAUUUAAAAAAAUUCAAAAAGGCAAGUUCCUUUUUCACAUCAAACGUUAUUUCUGUAAAGUCUGUUUUAUAACUUGACCUUUUCCAUCAUCACCUUCCUUCAGUCUGUUGUAUUCAGAAUUAAUAUAUUUUUACUGGAGAUCAUAACCUUUCUUUAAAAAGCAAGACAAGCUUCUCUAAGUGAAUACAAGUCCCCAGAGAACCGGAAUAUCUCAGUUGAAAUAUUGCAUUUGUGUUAAGGUAAUAUCUCCUUUUCCUGCCUAUGAAAUUGGGAAAUUUUUAAGUAAAAGUGUAGCUUUCAUAAUGGUUUUAGGAAUGUUGAAGAAAGUCUUGUUCUAGUUAAUUCAAAAGUCUUUUGUAGGCACUCUAAAUGAAGGUAAAAGUUCUUAACUGUUUGUAUUGUCAUAAUUUUCUUAAAUCUAUGAAGCUACCUUUUGGUCAAAUAAAGAAACAUCUUGUAUUUUC